AUGCUCGAAAAGACGAGAAUAGAAUUACUUCAAUAUAAAGAGAUUCAAAAUGAGAUACAGAGACUUAAGGAUGAAAACGAUCGACUUAAAUCUCAAUUGCAAGAAUUUCAUAAAUCAUCAAUUCCAAAUUCUGUUCAAAAUGGCAUCAACCUUAAUGUUACACCGAGUCGGACGCGUCCACCAAGUACUCCAGAUCGACCUAGUCGGGUUUCACUUUCAAAUAUAACGUCUCCGACAAAGUAUCGCGCAAAACAAUCGCAACAUCAUGAUGAUCAUUCAAAAGCAUCAUGUAAUAUUGGCUUUGUAAAUUAUGUUGGGGAUAGUGAUUUCCUUAGUCAAUCAAGAGAUAUGAUCCUACCAUCUAACAAAAGUUCUACGGCACUUUUUCCUGAAAGUAACUACGACCAAUUUCCUCAACCUGGAACAGCAUCUAAUAAGCGUAUAACGUGGCAACAUUAUGAACAACCUCAAACGCCAUCGAAUUAUUCCAUGCCAAGGCCAUUUCAAUCUACUUCAGGUAACUUAAUAAGUCCACAUCGGGCUCUUAUGAAGAGGAAUCGAGAUGCAUUACCAGGAUUAAAUAAAUAG